CAAAAUUAUUGCUCGUCUCCUCUCUUUCUCUCUGUUUUCGAAGACAAAGAGAUAGAAUGGAGUCCAGAGUUCUGUCCGGCACCACCUCCAUUUCGGGCCUCACUCAGUUGAGAAAACCUACGAGGGAUAAUGCUUUCUUCGUCCCUACGAGGACCUUCGGAGCCGUUGCUGAUGGUGGAAACCUCAUCUGGGGUAGACAGCUCCGACCCAAUUUGGUCCUACAGAUGUCACCGGCUGCAUCUCGAGUUCCGGCUGCGAAACGGGAUAUUCUGAAGCCCUGUCUCGCAGCCGCCUCGUCUCCGGCUGAAGGUGACUCCGCCGGCGAAGGCAAAGUCGCUCCGGUUGGAUUUGCGGAUAAAUAUCCGGCUCUGGUUACUGGGUUCUUCUUCUUCAUGUGGUAUUUUUUGAACGUAAUAUUCAACAUAAUCAACAAGAAGAUCUACAACUACUUCCCUUAUCCUUAUUUUGUAUCGGUGGUUCAUUUGCUUGUUGGAGUCGUUUACUGUUUGGUGAGCUGGGCUGUGGGUCUCCCUAAGCGUGCUCCUAUCGACUCAAACCUCCUGAAGUUGCUCAUCCCCGUUGCAGUUUGCCAUGCCCUAGGCCAUGUCACUAGUAAUGUAUCUUUUGCUGCAGUUGCUGUCUCUUUUACCCAUACAAUCAAAGCUCUGGAGCCUUUCUUCAAUGCAGCUGCUUCUCAAUUCAUACUUGGACAGUCGAUACCACUGUCACUUUGGCUAUCACUAGCUCCUGUUGUUAUUGGUGUGUCGAUGGCAUCAUUGACUGAGUUGUCGUUCAACUGGACGGGAUUCGUUAGUGCUAUGAUUUCUAACAUCUCUUUCACUUACAGGAGCAUAUAUUCAAAGAAAGCCAUGACUGACAUGGAUAGUACCAAUGUCUAUGCCUACAUUUCCAUCAUUGCUCUUUUUGUCUGUAUUCCACCAGCAAUCUUUAUUGAGGGACCUCAACUGAUGAAGUAUGGAUUUAGUGAUGCAAUUGCUAAAGUUGGUCUCACGAAGUUUAUCUCAGAUCUCUUUUGGGUGGGCUUGUUCUACCACCUAUACAAUCAGCUGGCAACAAAUACCCUAGAGAGAGUGGCACCUCUUACUCAUGCAGUUGGCAAUGUGUUGAAGCGUGUCUUCGUGAUUGGCUUCUCGAUCUUGAUCUUUGGUAACAAGAUUUCAACACAAACAGGCAUUGGAACUUCCAUUGCAAUAGCUGGAGUGGCAAUCUACUCAUACAUCAAGGCCAAGAUGGAAGAAGAGAAACGACAAAUGAAAACUGCAUGAGAUGGAAGGAGACAUGAAAAUGGAGGAAGAGUCAAUCUUCUGGUUUAGACCUUGAUGGUGCUGAAAAGAAAAUAUGAUUUAAUCAAGAUCCUCCAACUUGUGAAGAACCAUGUUCUUUUCUUUUCUUUUUUUUUUCUUUUUUGAUCAAUUUCCUGUCACGUGGAGUACAAACCAUUUCUAGUUUGCCAUCAUCUUCUGUUGACUGAAAAAAUAAUGUUUCACUAUGCUUUUGUUUAUAAAGCAUUCAUCUUUUGGUCAGAAUCUAUGAAGGGAGGUGUAUGCAUGGGAAGGAAAAUGUGAAUAGUACAUAUUAUCAAGGAAGGUGUACCAUGAGACUGCAUGGUUAGUUGCUCUGCA